AUGGCCUGCAUGAUGGACCUGUGGCAUUGGGGAUAUGCUGGAAUACAUGGAACUGGUGCCAGGCUGGCCUCCAUGGCAUUGGUCCAGUGCUGGUACACAUUACAAUGGUGCCAGAAUGGCCAGCACAAUAGGCCUCAUGGUAUUGGGGAUGUGCCAGAACACAUGGCAUUGGUGUUGUGCUGGAACACAUUCCAAUGGUACUGGGAUGGCCUGUGUGAUGGCCCCAUGGCAUUGGGGAUGUGCUGGAACACAUGGACCUGGUGCUGGUGCUGGCUCACAGUACAUCAGUGCCAGGACAGCUUCCAUGAUGGCCCCAUGGCAGUGGCAAUGUGCCAGAGCAUGUGGCAUUGGUGCCAGCAUGGCUUCCAUGGCAUUAGCAUUGUGCUGGUUCACAUUAAAUCAGUGCUGGUUGGGAUGGCUUCCAUGGUAUUAGUCCUGGGACAGCCAGCAUGGCAUUGGUGUUGUGCUGGCCUGCAUGGCAUUGGUAUUGGGCCUGUUCAUAUUGCAUUGGUGUUGGCCUGGCUCACAUGGCAUUCAUCCCAGGAUGGCCUGCAUGGCAUUGGUGUUGGGCUGGCUUGCAUGACAGUGUUGCCAGGGGUGAACUCAGGGGCUGAGCCCAUCCAUACCUUCCAGGGACACCCAACUCUGGGCUUACCUGGGACUACUCAUAUUGCAGUGGCUACACCCUAA